CUGCACCGCCAUCACCACCACCAUCACCGCCGCCGCCGUCACCGCAGCAGCAACAGCAGCUGCCGUCGCUGCCGGUCUUGCAUUCCGGAGCCGCCACGGGCGACAGCGACGGCGACUGCGUGGAAGCAGUUGUGGAGGAGGAAGGGAAGCAGGAAGGAGAGGAGCAGAAGGAGGAGGAGCACGAGCAAGGGAGGAAGGAAAGGGAAGCGGAGGGGCAGCAAGACGAACAACACUGGGAGCGGCGAGUUGCAGACCCCACAGCGCAUGCUGCGGGGACCCCACACGGCCAGAAAGGCGGCAUGGGUGACGGGCGUGAGGGAGCAGGAGUGCUGAGCGCAGGGGCAGGAACAGGGACAGGGUCGGAAGGGAAGGAGGGGAAGACGGAGGAAGACGGCGCUUCGUCGGGCCUUGAGGCGCAGCGACACCACCGGACUAGCGGUGCCAGCAGCAGCGGCAGUAGGGAUGCCUCAGCUGAUGGAGCGGCUGCGGCCCCUGCGGCUGCUGUUGGUUUGGCUGCUGCUGCCCCUCCCCCUGUCCCUGCUCGUGGCAGCAGUAGCAGUAGGGACGCGUUGGCUGCACGACUUGCUCGUGUGGUCGCUUUCGUCGAACGCGAGCUCCUGGGCGACCCGGCGACGAAGGCGCUCGCCGCCGCCGUCGCUGCCGUACAUCCCGACGUGUCGCCGUCGCUGCUGCCGCCGCCGCCACUUCCGCCCGCCGACCGGCAGCCCCUGGAGCUGUUCGCGGAGCCGCCCACGACGGCACGACUGAUGGCUCGAGGGGGGGCGGCGGCGGGGGCGGCGCCUAGGAGGGAGGUUGCAUCUCCUCCCAGUCCCGAGGAGUGGCGCAUGCUAGGAGGCGCCGCGCCCGCACCUCCCCCUCCUGCUUCUCCUCCUACAAGCACGCCUGCUGCUAUAGCCAGCGCCGCAACCGCCACAGCUGAUACCCCAGCAGAUCCCGUCUCCGCCUCUGCCGCCGCCUCCGCUGCUGCCGCCGCCGAUGCGCGUUUCCGGCGGCGGCAGUCAGACCUAGUGCCGUACGAAUCGUAUCUCCGUACCAUUGUACUGCGAGAGACGGAACGAGGAGGCGCAGGUGGAGGCGGCUACGGAGACUUGAAGGGGGGCGCGCGGGGGCGGGGCGGCGGAGGCAGGAGCAGCAGCGACACACGGAGAAGUAGCAACGGUGGCGGCGGGUGCGGUGAGAAGGAGGAGCAGAACGAAGGAAUAGACGAGGAUGAAGGGGAAGGGGAGGAAGAGGAGCGCCUGAGGGCAGUGCUACUGGAGGAGGUGGCUGCUGCUCGCGACUGGCUGCAGCUGCAAGCGCUGUUGGAGACGGUGGCGGCCGGGGAGAUGCGGACAGGAGCAGGAGGAGGAGGAGGAAGAGGGCGUGGUGGCAUGACGGGCGGGAGGGGUGCGAGCAGUGGCCGGCGGAUGGACCCACGGGUCGUUGCAGCGGUGUUCAAGCAGGCUGCAGGCCUCAUUCAUGCGGAGGCAACCCAAGGGGCUUCCAGCGGCCCCAACGGUGCCCUUCAAGACAGCCCCCUGCCGUACAACACAGCUCCUGUGACGGCGGCGGCGGCGGCGGUUGGUUCUCAACUACCACCGCCAACGGCGGCGGUUGAUGGGCUGGCGUCGCCGCCGCCGCCGUACACUCGCGGUCCGGCGGAGGCGUCGGCGUUCCGGGCCUUUUGCGAGCGACUGUCGGAGGCGGGCGUGGCGGCAUUGUGUGGGAGGCCGGGGGAGGAGGCUGACGGAGGAGGAGGCGGAGGAGGAUGCAGCGGAAGGGAAAUAGCGCAGAUCGCGUACAGCAUGGGUAUGCUCCAGCUCACAUCUCGACCUCUGUACGACGCCGUACUUCGGGAAUCCGGCCGCCACCUACGAGCCCUGGCGGCGCGGCGAACCGCCGCCGCCGCCGCCACCGCAGCGGCGGCGUCGGAACUCCGUACGGCAGGGAGCUAUGACGUCAGGAAUGUACGGCAAUGGCGGCGGCGGCAACAACUUGGGUCCGAUGACGGCGCUGCUCACGCUGACGGCGGCGGCGGCGGCAGUGACGUCAUCAGCCGAGCGCCGCGUGCCUUAUCUGAGAUUUCCCAGAUGAUGGAGAUGGCGGUGACGGCGGUGACGGGGGCGAGUGUAGCGAGGGAACGGCAGGGGCAGGGACAGCGGCAUGAGCAGCGGCAGCAGCAGCAGCAGCAGGAGCAAAGACAAGGCGGGCGGCGGGCGGAUCGUACGACAGUGGCGCCUCCGCCGCCUGAACCUUGGUCGGCGGCAGACCUGACGAGUUUGAUUUGGGGUGUGGCGACUGCGUUUGCUGGCAGUAGCAGUAGCAGUAGUGGCAGUAGCAGUAGUGGCAGUAGCAGUAGCAGCCUUGGGACAGUCGUCAACACGACGAAAUAUCCUCCGCUUCCAACUCAGCCACUGCCUCGCCCUGACAAGGCCUGGUUUGCCGCGUUUUGCCACGUCAGCCUCGAUGUCGUACGAGGCCUGGAUCCGGCUUCGAAUCCAGCUUCGAAUUCAAAUCUGAUGUCAGCAGGAGGUGGUAGCGGGCCUGCUGCUGCUGCUGCCGGGAGUAACAGCACUAGUAGUGGUGGCAGCAGUAGCGGCGGUGCCGGCGAUUGCCGUACUACUACUAAAAGUACGGAGCAGUUGUGGGGUAUGUUGUGGUCGUUAGCUCGCAUGUCGUACGUACCGCCCGAGGAGUGGAUGCGGCCCUUCCUGGAGCGAGUGUACGACAACCUGAGCGCUUUCUCAUCCGAGGGUCUGGUCCGAGUGGCCUGGUCGCUCGCAUCGCUGGACUAUGUACCUGAGCGCCUGUGGCUGCGAGCACUCGUGGGUCAGCUACACAACCGCCUGCGUCACCUCUCCCCCGCCCAGCUGCUCUCCCUCUUCGCCUCCCUCGCUCGCCUGCGCUACUCGCCUCGCCCCGAGGUUGGAUCCAGCAUGCAUGCUGCCGCAACACGCCUCAUGCCGCUGCUGGGCCCUACACAGCUAGCCACGCUCGCUACCGCC